UGCCCAUGUGCUAGUGGGGGCGGGGCUGCCAAGGGAUGAGGAAGAUGGCGGCGAGGGCGAGGUGAGGUGUUGGCAGUAGGAAGGGGUUCGGGCGCGGAGGGCGGGGGAAUCCGGAGCGAUGGCCCGCGCCGGCCGCUGGGGCGGGUAACAAGCCGUCGCGUCGCGGGUGAGAGAGGGAGGGAAGGGCGACCGGGCGCCUGGAGAGUAUGACGGGGCUGUACGAGCUGGUGUGGCGGGUGCUGCACGCGCUUCUCUGCUUGCAUCGCACGCUCACCUCCUGGCUCCGCGUUCGGUUCGGCACCUGGAACUGGAUCUGGCGGCGUUGCUGCCGUGCUGCCUCCGCCGCGGUCCUAGCGCCGCUCGGCUUCACGCUCCGCAAGCACCCGGUUGCCGGCAGGAAUCGCCGCCACUACCGGCACCCGCGCUGGGGGCCGGGCCCGGCCGCCGCCCAUCUCCGGUUGCGCUGGCGCGCGGACGGCCGUUCCCUGGAGAAGCUGCCGGUGCACAUGGGCCUGGUGAUCACCGAGGAGGAGCAGGAGCCCAGUUUCUCGGACAUCGCAAGCCUCGUGGUGUGGUGUAUGGCCGUGGGCAUCUCAUAUAUUAGCGUCUACGACCACCAAGGCAUUUUCAAAAGAAAUAAUUCCAGAUUAAUGGAUGAAAUUUUAAAACAACAGCAGGAACUUCUGGGAUUAGAUUUUUCCAAAUAUUCACCAGAGUUUGCAAAUAGCAAUGACAAAGAUGAUCAAGUUUUAAAUUGCCAAUCAGCAGUGAAGGUGCUGUCCCCAGAAGAUGGAAAAGCAGAUAUUGUGAGAGCUGCGCAGGACUUUUGCCAGUUAGUAGCCCAGCAGCAAAAGAGAUCUACAGAUUUGGAUGUAGAUAUGUUAGACAGUUUACUUAGUUCAAAUGGUUUCCCUGAUCCUGAUUUAGUAUUGAAGUUUGGUCCUGUGGACAGCACAUUAGGCUUUCUUCCCUGGCACAUCAGAUUGACUGAGAUUGUCUCUUUGCCUUCCCACCUAAACAUCAGUUAUGAGGACUUUUUCUCUGCUCUUCGUCAGUAUGCAGCCUGUGAACAGCGUCUGGGAAAGUAGUGAUCCCUGGUUGCGUAGUUUGAUUUUGGGCUUUUGGAGAAAAGGACCUAAAUGACUCUGAUGUUUACAAAGCACCUAUGAAAUCCUGCACACACCCAGUCCGUAAUCCUCAUAAUUUAUCAACAAACACGAAAAAGUGUCUUACUUGAGAGUGAGUGAGUGUGUGCACAUGCACACACGUGUGUGUGUGUGUAUGAAAAUAAACUUACAACUGAGGGGAGUACUGGAGAAGGAAAUGCAUAGACCUGCAACUUUGAACAACUAGCAGUAACGUUCAGGAUUUGAAAUUUCAAACUUUAAAGGCUUCAGCCCCAACUGCUUCCCUGUUUUUGUGGGGAGAGGAUGGGGUGAUUAGUGCUGCUUGAUGGUUGUUUUGGGGAAAAGGGAAUAAUUUUCAGUCUUUCCUAGUGACCAAACUUAAUUUUUAAGAAUAAUAUGUUGAUUAUUAAUUGUAAGCAUAAUGAGUAUGAAGAAAAUCCAAAGGAACGGAGUUCUGUGUUGCUCACAUGUUAAAAACUUGCAAACCUUUGGAGCAGAGGGACUACCUAUCUUCAGAUAUCCGUCCGUUUCCAUUUCAUUUCAUUAUGGUUAAACAUUGUGACUUGAGAGUGCUGCUCUGGUGUCCAUGUUCUGGGUUGUGAAGGUAAAUUUAAAGAGAGGUCUUAUUAUACUGAAAUGCAUAAUUAAAAAAAAACUGAAGUAUUGAAUUUGAUGGUCAAAGGUGAAUAGCUGUAAUUUUAAAAGUAAAGGUGGAAAAUUUGCUAAAAUGGGAAUGAAACUUUUGAUUUCCUGUUUUGUUUUAUUGGCAGGCAAUGUGUUAGAUGGUACCCAAACAUGAUUUGAAAAAUGUUUUCAUUAACUAUUUUUAUUUAAAAUCAGCAUUUGAUAGAAGUUAUCAAGGCAGCCCUUUUUCUCAAAAGUCACCUGUUCCUCUUUGGAAUAGCACAUUUUAGGACCAUGUUAAUACCUGGGAUUUUUACUCAGUGACUCCUGAUGGUGACUUUGUAUAAAAGUUCUUUAAAUAGGAUAGAGGCUUGUGUAGGGAGUAAAAGAUUAAACCAAAGUCUACAAAAAUCAUUUAAAUUAAUUUUGUGUGUUCUCCUUUAUGAUAGAGAACAUCACUUUCUGUUACUGUUAAAAAUCAAUAAAUGAUUUUUUGAUAGGUGUUUAAUAUUUCUUCCCUCACUGCUUAUCCUUGCAUAGAAACCAUUCUUUAUAUUUGGUGGAGUAUUCUGAGAAAACUCUCCUAUCAGCAAGUGUACAGUAGUUGUAAACUUGUACAUUUAAAAUAGAAUAGUUUAAAUUCUAGGUCUCAGAAGUCUGUAAAAUAGCAAAGAAGACUGGAUUUGGAAAGCAUGAUCUGGAACCUUGUCAAAUUCUGAAGCUAAGAGGAAUAGAUAUUUUGACUUUGGAUUACAAAAGUCCAUUUAUGAUUUUCAGAAUAUACUUGAAAUAAAAAUGAUUAAACUAAAUUUUGGUCCAGUGACAUUACUUCGCACUCAGUCCUUUCAUAGUCCUUUGUACAUCAUAAGAUUUCUCUUAAAGUCAUAAUUUAUUGCUAAAUAUUUUGUGUAAAUCUACAGCGUAUCUCUAAACUUUAUCAGCGGAUUUUUGGUUUGUUUCCCAUUACUGUGAUCCAUGUUCUAUUGAGGCUUUUUUGGCCUUAGUUUAAGACUGAAUUUAUGCCUCUUAUAAAUAUGGUAGAUAUAAAUGUCUUAUAAAUACUCUGGAGUAUGUAUGACUUUGAUGAAUUAAAUUUAACAGGCCCUGUUGAAGUGAAGGGAUUUAAUAUUCAUUAAAAUGAAGUUAGUGAAAUGAAUUAUACACUAGGAUAUAGCCCAAGUUGCUAAAGGUUUAAUCUUUGAGUCUUUGUUCUUUUUCUCCUAUUUUGUAAUAAUGUCAUUUUUA